AUGAGCAUGGCAUGGCUGAACAAUCAGACCUCAGGCAGUGAUUUUUUCCUCUUGGAUCUGUUCCAUAGCACCCUGGUGCCCUGGGUCCUCUUCACACUCAUCCUGCUUGAUUUCCUGGUGGCCCUGUGCGGCAUCACCAUAAUAAUCAUCCUCAUCUGGGCCGACCCUCUUCUCCACACUCCCAUGUACUUUCUGCUCAUCCAGCUGUCCCUCAUGGAUCUCCUCUAUAUCUCCAUGUUUGUCCCCAAAAUGGUGGUGGACUUUCUAUCUGGGGAUCAUCGAAUCUCUUUUAUUGGGUGUAGCUUCCAGAUGUUCCUCUUUGUCACCCUUGGGGGCUCAGAGUGCCUGCUGCUGACGGUCAUGGCUUAUGACAUCUAUGCGGCCAUCUGCCACCCUCUGUGCUUCCUCAUACUCAUGGGUCCCAGGGUCUGUGUGCUCCUGGUGCUUGUGAGCUGGCUGGGUGUAUUCUUCAAUUCCUUGAUCCAUGUGGUCUAUACUCUGACACUCCGUUAUUGUGCCUCCAGGGAAAUUCAUCAUUUCUUCUGUGAAGUCCCAGCGCUCCUGAAAGUUGUCUGUGCUGACGCUUCCCAAUAUGAAAAGGGUAUUUCUGUCACUGCUGUGAUUUUUUUUUUUGUCCUUCCCAUCUCUGGCAUUCUGCGCUCCUAUGGGAGGAUACUCUUCACUGCACUGGGCAUGGGUUCAGGCCAGGGAUUCAGGAAAACCUGGGGUACUUUCUCUUCUCAUGUGACCGUGGUGUCCCUCUUCUAUGGGGCUGCCAUCAUUAAGUACAUUCUGCCAAAGUCCUCCCACUCCCCUGUAGAGGAAGAAGUGGUCCCUGUGUUCUACACCAUCAUAACGCCCAUGCUCAACCCCCUCAUCUACAGCCUGCAGAACAAGGACGUCACUAGAGCUUUUCGGAAGGUUUUCAGAGUGUCAGGAAUUGGAGUUUGCUGUGUCUACCAUAAACCCAUAAUAGGGUUGCCUUUUGCUUUGAAAGUGAACAGAAGAUCUGCGCUGGGCCAGCAGCCCAACACGCCACGUCACGCUGACAUAAAGGAGGGUGAGUGCGGCCUGCCCAGGGCACAGCAGGAGCACCUAGUUCAGGUGGCCGUGGGGCAAUAUAGUCCUGAACUCCUGGCACAGUCGCUGCACAAAGUCAUUCCAGCAAAUGCAGAGAGAUAUUAG